UCAUCCUCGGACAUGGUAACGUGGACAAGCCUGGCGCUGGCUGUUUGUGAGCCCAUUGAGGGUGGGAGCAAACGCCCACAGCUGAGAGGGGUGCACGGCCAAUUGAGAGAGCACGAACAGGAAGGACCCGGUACGGAGCUGCACGCGACUCCUCGCCAGGUGCCUCUCUCUGAUUGGCUCGCGGGCUCCAUAAGAAGAGGCUGCAGAGUCCGCGCCAGCAAUAGAGAGGGGGGGCAGCUGGCGGCCUCCGACCGCCACCUCGUGAUGGCGCAACGCGACCAACGCGACCAACGCGGACCAGGUGUUUCUGAGGAGCAGCUCUUGCCGAGCAUGAAGUCCAUUGUUGAAGCAAAACGCCCAAAAGAACGACUGCAGAGAAGAAAUAAACAAGAUCAGUCUGUUCCACCAAUCCAAAAUGUGGAUAUCGACAAUCGUGCUGUGCAUCCCGCGAAAGAAGUACAAACACCAAUGAAGAAUACACGUUUUGAAAAACUUCUGAUGGAUUUGGAUUUAAUGAAGUUCUACCCACAGAAAUUGACGCUUGCCAAAGCUUUACAAAUAUCUAAAGUGACCCGUUCUGAAGAAAAGCCUAAGUGCCUGAAGGACGUGGCUAUGCAUUUCAUUCAAAAUUUGCUGAGGGCAAAUUCUUCAUCCAGGUCCACUGAAUUCACCAAUAGUGAGACGCUUGUACAAUAUACUCCUAAAUCAACAUCUAAUUAUCGACGUAGGUCCAAUCGAGUAGGUAAAUCACGAGCAUCAAAUUCUAUUGACAUAUUGGAUUUAAUAACCGCACUGUUUCUGUGCUCUGACACCUUCUUACAGCAGGCACUCAUGGUGAAGAUGUCGCAGUGUCACUUUGCUUUGCCGCUUCUCUUACCCGACUUAAAUGAAGGAAAUAUCACAUUUUUAGUGCAGGCCAUGCAAUCAGUCGUUCACAUAUGGGGACCCCAUCAUAAACUGGCCAUAAAAGGCUACACCGAGGAUUCGAUGUCUGUUGUAGCCAUGCCUAUGAUUGCAUUUGUACGGCUCGGUGGGUCCAGCAUCUCUAAAUCAGAGCUGCUCAACUCAAUUCUGAGCAAUGACAAAGAAGAUGUAUUCGUUCAUCGAGACAUGCAAAGUGGUAAUUCUCUCAGACACAUUUCAAAUGGACUUGUGGAAAUAAGUUUCUAUUUUCCACCUGGGGAUAAAAGCUCCGAUCUCUGGUCAGACAUAUUUGCAGUGUUAAAUCUCCGAGGCGAUGUCAGAGAGAGCCUGACUCAAUUAAAGUUUCUGAAAAAUGCCUGUGAUGCAAUGGUUAUUCUGAUUGAAAAUUUUGGAGAAGAUGAACGAAAAUUUGUAACCACAGAUUUUAAUUCAAAUUCAAAAAUGUUUUGGCUGAAAAAUACAGAUGAAAAUGAUGAAACAGAUGAACUCUUAGAGCAAACCUUAGAUGAACUGGGUGUUCAGGACGUAAAUGUAUGCGAUUUAGAGAAAAAUAACAAGGUUAUCAUUGGCAACCUUUUUCGUAAGUUCAUGAAGGAUGUAUUAACUCGCUGUAAUGUCACAAAUAAUCUGAAAAUGAUAUCUGAAAGUGUCACAGAUUUAACUAUUAAAAUUGAUGCAAAUAACAUAAAACGUCAAAGGAGUGCAGAAGCGAUCAAAGAUAUUCUGCAAAAAAUGGGAGCCUGUAAUGGUGUCCGUGAAAAUUGUUUUCCUUGUCAAAGUGAAAAGUUGUGGCACAAAUGGUCAGACACAGAAAAAGAAUUGUGCCGGUUGAAGAAGGGAAGCGGUCUUGAAUAUACGAACCAAUUGAGAACGAAAAAACGAAAUCUCCGCCUUGAACAAGUGAAACGGAUUUCACCAACAAUGACAGAAUUUAUUUCAAAAAAUUCUAAAUUUGAUGAAGAGGAGUAUAAACUAUUCUUACAUGGGCUGGAACUCGAACUGAAUGAUAAAACAAGAAAAACAAUGCGUGACAAAAAUAAAAUCGUCAAUGCACUUGGUGCUCAUGACAUAAGCAAAGAGCUUCAGCCAUCAAAUAUGAAGUCUUCUUUGUCUACGGUUGGUUUGGAGCAUUUCUUUCGUGAAGUUGCACAGAUCUAUGAAGCAUCUAAAGAUUGUGAGAUGCAUCCAGAUUACAAGAAUCUUUCAGCUCGUAUGGCACAUUUGUUUCUGGAUGGAUUUCCCAUGGAGCUCCUUGAUGGAGACGCUGGAUGCAUUCCCAUUGACUGGGUCACAGACGUAUUCGGAGAAGUAAACAACAUCCUAUUGGGAGACGUAAACAACAUUCUGAAACGAGACCCCCGCAUAUUUGUGCUGUCUGUGCUGGGCGUGCAGAGCUCGGGGAAGUCCACGUUGCUCAACACCAUGUUUGGUCUGCAGUUCGCAGUGAGUUCUGGUCGCUGCACACGCGGCGCAUUCAUGCAGCUCCUCCGCAUUGACGAUGAGCUAACAGAAGAGCUCGGGUUUGAGUUCAUUCUGGUGAUCGACACAGAAGGGUUAAAAGCUCUUGAGCUGGCAACGCUCGAAAACAGCUAUGAGCAUGACAAUGAGCUAGCAACACUGGCUAUUGGUCUCGGCAAUGCUACUAUUCUUAAUGUCAAGAUGGAAAAUGCAGAAGAAAUGAAAGACAUUCUGCAGAUUGUUGUUCACGCUUUCUUAAGAAUGACUGAAGGCGGAAAGAAACCCAGCUGUGUGUUUGUCCAUCAGAAUAGUGGAGGUGUCUCUGCUCAUGAGAAGAAUAAAAAGGACCAGGAACGUCUUCUUCAGAUACUGAACGAGAUGACUGAGGCAGCUGCAAAAAUGGAAGAGAAAUCGAUGUAUUAUAAACGCUUCACAGAUGUUAUAGAUUAUGAUGCAGAAAACGACAAAUGGUACAUCCCUGGACUCCGGGCUGGUGGUUCAUCUAUGGCUCGGGUCAGUUGUACAUAUAGUGAUGAGGUUUGGAAACUAAAAAAACACCUCCUAGAAAAAUGCAAAAAACGUGCAAAGUUGGGAAACAUUUACACGUUGCCAGAAUUCAGUGCAUGGAUAAAGACGAUGUGGACUGCAAUGAAAAAAGAAACCUACGUCUUCCAUUUCCGGAACUUUCUUGUUCUUGAAGCAUACAACACGUUAUGCACUGCAUAUACAGGAUGGGAAUUAAAUCUACGUAUGAAUAUUAUUUCCUGGAUGCAAAAUGUGUCCAAUAAAGUAAAACGUGCGUCACAUGAAGAGCUUUUAAAUUUGAAAAGAAGCCUCGCUAAAGAUGUUGAUGAUGAAGUUUUAAAAGAAGAAUGUAAAUUUAAGGACUGUUUGUCAGAUUAUUUUAAGAAGGUUUCUGAAAAAAACAACCUUGUUGAGAAGUACAGACAGGAUUUUCUCAUUAGUGUUCAACAAUUAUGCUCUGUGGUGUCAAAUGAGACUCUUAGCAAAUGCAAGGAGUGCAUCGAUACACAUGAAUGCCUAGAAUCUUACAGAAAUGUAGAAACUCAGUACAAACAAACUAUAGGUGGGAAAGUUAAAAGGGUCUUGGAAAAUUGCACACAUUCAGACAAAGGAUUGGACGAAGAGGAUCUUCAGAAGACAUUUAAUGUAAUUUGGUCUGAAACGGUUUCUGAUCUCAAAAGAAUUACAUUGCAAGAAUGUGACGUGAAACGUGACAUGGAAAAAUCAUUGCUUUAUUUGACGAAGACAGAUGCAGGUCACUUCAAGGAAAAGUUGCAAAGUUGUUCUUGGUCUGAUAUAGGAAAAAAUGAUUUUAAGACGCUUAAUACCCACUACAGUGUUAUAAUACAUAAAGCAAAAUCACUUGAGGAAAACACUGCACUAAACAGCAUUGUAAAUCUCUCCAGUGACAUUAUUGAUAAAUGCAAACAAUUCAUACAAACCAAAGCAAAUGCUGCCACAGAUUACUGGCCAGCUUACUGUGAUGAACUGCUGCAGCAAGUAGAUUUGAUUUUGAAAAACACACCCGAUGAUACAAAACAAUACAGCAAAAGUUUCGUAAUAGACAUCAAGAUGUAUGUUUGCUCCAUUGCCAUCGACCCUUUCACAAAGCAACAUGAGCGUUUUCUCAAGCUAAACGACCCAUAUACUCGACUUGAAGAGCUUAAAGGAUCAUAUUUCAAUUUGCUGACGUCAAUGUGGGCGGCAGUGCUCAUAGGGAGCACGGGGCAGCGAUGCAUUACCCUCAAGGGCUGUGCGGCAGGAAGUGUAGCGACGGGACUCUGA